CAAAACUUCAGUGUAUAUUAUCCAUUCUUCGACCUACCAUAGCAAGGCAAGGUGAACAUGGCACGUUUGUGCAGAGACUAAAUACACAAAGCUUAUAAGAAAGCGAAUGAUCUCUGCAUGACGUAAAUAUGGCACAGCUGUGUCGUCCCGUGUUCAUCUCAGCGCAAUGCUGUUCCAAUUCAGCAAAAAGCAACUUAAUGUAAGCUUACGUACAUCACAUCCUGUAUAUGAGGGGGUUUGUUUGGCAGAAGAAAUCAAACCCAAAGCCAUCAUAGACCCAAAUCUCGAUGCGUAGUGUUUUAGAGAUCGUCAAAAAGGGUUCCUGCAUUGAUGCACUGCUCCUCAUUCAAAAAUGGAAGCAUCUCUUGAUGAGCGUAUAGAAAACUGGGACGUCAACCCCCAGCUCCAGUCGACAUUUUUCAACGCCCUACCUGCAGAGAUACGGCUCCAGAUCUACCGGAAUGCCCUCGCUUCCUUCUCCCUGACCGCCAUUCCCCCUGCUGGCGCGCAGUCCAUGAAACCACACAACUUUCGCAUUCGAUUUGAUCAUGAAGGCGGCUCAGAUGAUGACCUCCGUGGCAAGCCCGGCCACGAACGCGAAGCUGAGAUGCCCGACAUAGUUCCCGAGCUCGCAAACGCAGCUCCCGGCUGCACGCGGCCAAACGAGCGCCCCGACUUCUACGAGGAGCCAUGCAUGUCGCUGAACAUGCUGCUCUCCUGCAGGAGACUGCUGACCGAAGCCCGGCCCAUCAUGUUCGAGGCCGAGCGAAACUACCAGUUCAGCAGCGACCCGCGCUCGACCCUCUUGAACUACUCGGGGGGUUCGGCCCACCAAGGCUUCUUGGAUCGGAACCGGGAGCUGCAGUGGGAGAAGAGGUUCCGCCGCGUGCGCUUCUUCGCGCCGAUAUUGAAAUACCACGCCGUCUUUUCGCAUCACUCCAACCUCUUGAUCCACGUCAAGCACCUCCGCAUCACCGUGCGCCGCACCGACUGGCGACUCGGUGUCGUCUCCGGCCAGCCCGAGGCCACGGGCAUCCCUCCGGCAGCUUGCUUUGGGUGGGUUCAGGGCCCGCUGCAGAUCAACCCACUCGGGCCGCCUGCGGGACCUCUGAUGGAUCGGUUCCGGGAAACGCGGCACGAAAACCUCAACAUAGGGCACAUGGGAGCCAUGAUGAAAACCACCUCAGAAUUCGGCCGGAUCCCCCAGGGUUCCGUGUUAAAAGACAGCGCCGCCGGCCGGCCGAGCUGGAUGCCGCCGCAGGUCCGCUACACGGCGGGGAUGUGGGGACGCGAGUUUGUCAACAUGCCGUGCAUCAAGACCUUCACCAUGGACUUUGAUGCCACACAAGAAAAGCGCGACCAGCUCGCGGCCAUCGUGGAGUGGGCGGUCCGCACCUGGCGCUUCCCGCUUAAUCCGGCCCACGGCGGCCAUCACUACCUGGCGGCAGACGAAUCCUCGGUGAAGAGAAAGUCGUGGCGAGGCACCGCGGGGGAUUGGGACUGGCUCGGCCCCUGCGCGACGUGCCGUCCUCGAGUGGAGGGUACUACUGGCGGGGAGCUGGCGAGGGAGGCCCCGGAGCUUUGCUUGAUUCCUGUGCAUGCAAACAUCGUGUCGAAGUUUCGUAGGGGGUUGGGACCGAGGAUGUAUUCCUGGUCGGUGACUUGGACACCGAGGAGCUAUGAAGGGCCGGAGGAGUUUCCUUAUAAAGAUUCAGAAUGUCUGGAAGUGCUCCCGGGAGACUUGAAAUGAGAUUUUCAUGGGUCGGGCCCAUUCAAUAACUUCCUUCGUCCCGAACAUGUCAUCUUUUG